UGAAGAAACCUGUGGAGAGAAGACAAUGAGAAGAAAUUACAGAUUGAAGCAAGUCAAAUAAUUAUAUUAACGUAAACAAAGAUCCAACGAACCAUAACAACUUCAUGGAGUUACAUUUUGUCAAUUUGGACGCAUUAUAAUGUGCAGACCUUGGCUCAUUCACAGUGAAAUAUAAUCCACAUCUUUUCUUGGCUGGUUUGGGGGCAAAAACGAUCUAGAUUUGGCCAGUAAACAAGGAAUAUUUUCAGUCCAGUCUCACAGAGGGCGCCGUUUGCGAAACCGGAAAACAUUUGCGGAACUGGUCAAAGCACCGACCUCUACAAAAUGUCCUGGCAAAUUUCUCUUUCGAACGAUCGCAGAAAACUAUUCAUAUCAUGAAGUAGCUGGAUCAUCAUGCAGCAGUACUUCACACCUGCACGUGGAUUUGCUUUUGCUGUGAUUGUGGUCGCCCUGUUUAUGAGCCAAGCCUGCCAUGGAAACGUCGACGAUGAAAACAUGAUGUGUUACAAGCCCCCUCCUCCAACAAAUUCAAGCACUGAGGACCACAAAUUAUUUGAUGUUGAGAUGCAGAUUCCUAACGUAGGUGAUGUCCAAGCAACGCAGCAGAAUGUGGAGUUAAAGAUCAAUGGCACAUGUGCUGUGAGAAUCUUUAUAUCCUACACAAUCGACGUCUACAUGUUACUAGGCUCGUUUGUUGAGUGCACCUUCAUGAAUGGCAACAUCUCAAGACACCGACCGUUUACUAGUCCCCUCUUGGUGUCCUGGCGACAUACCAGGGAUGAUCCGUCGCGCAUAUUUUCAGAUAUGAGAACCAACUUCACAGUGGAUAACAUUGCUGCAUCAGAGGGCCGGCUCCAGUUGGACUGCCAAAUCAAGUUCACUGAUUCUGAAGAAGCUGGUUUACUUGCUGGUCCUCUUAUUAGCUCUGUAAUAACAAUGGAACUGAAAGGUUGUCCUCAUGCGAGGUACGGUGUGGACUGUGACCACCGGUGUUCAUGCGCCCCUGGCAUAGAGUGCCACCCUUUCACUGGUCAGUGCCUCUGCCCAAAAGGACUACAGGGAAGAUCCUGCAGCAAAGUUGAUCCAAUGCUGGUGUUUGAAGGCCCUUCUACCGUAUUUGUGCGCUACGGGGAGUCUGUAAUGCUGACAUGCGCUGCAUACGGGAUAGUGCCGUCACUGUGGUUUUGGGAUCAAGAUAGGCACAAGUUGGAAGUAACAAGUCACACAGAAGAUGUGCCUUAUCACCCAAGGCCGUUUCACCUGGAUACAAAUGUCACAGCCACAGGCCCAGAAGUUAACGGCGUCUACACAUGCCGUGUCAUGGACAACAACAGGGUGUACAGCAAAAAUGUGACAGUUAUUGUAACAAAUAUUCCGGAUCCUUUCCUGGAAGCACCUAGCAACAAAUCUGUGCUUCUUGGACACAGCGUGGAGUUCCGUUGCAGAACCAAACCCGAGGCUGGUACCCUGACCUUGGUGGUGGGGAACCAGAACAUUAACCAGUGGCCAACAGAUGGAGAGGGGAACCAGACUAGAGGCCAGUCACUGGUGGUCACGCAGAGGAACCAGACUGUUUCGAUUGUCAUUGAGAGCGUGCGAUUUGAGGAUGCGGGGAGAUACAGAUGCAUUGUGGGCCACGAAGGGGGAAACGACGACGCUGUGGCAGAUGCAGUGCUCACAGUUCAAAGCCCGGGAUCAGAGCCUUUUGUUGCAGACUUGACAUCAGGAGCCGAUCUAUCAGGGAGCGUUGUGAGUUUGCGUGAAGGUCAGCUGCUCAACCUAACAUGCGCGGUGCGAGAGGCUUACCCAGAGCCACGCUUGGUAUGGCUUAUUGGACAUGAGGACUUCACGGCGAAAGCUAAACUGCGGUCCAGACCUUCAGCUAAUGGUGUGUCCUUUGAUGUUGAAAGCGACCUCAUUUUCGCCCCAACCUGGCAGGAUGAUGGCAAGACCAUAUCAUGUGUUUCUGAUGUGGCCUCCCUUGGGACAGUCUCAAGCCCCGAUGUCAUCCUCAAUGUGUCAUAUGUUCCCAAGGUGUCCAUUUCCCCACGUGAGAAGACCAUUCAGCAUGACGAGAAGCCGCUGUUCACAUGCUGGGCGCCGGCCAAACCGCCGGUCACCAGCUACAACUGGACCCUGCAACAGAAGAACGGCAAGGUCAUCCAGCGGUCCACUGGGAUGUCAGUGAGAGUACCAGCUCUAGACCCAGAUCACAACAUGGCCACCCUCACCUGCUCUGCAACAAAUGAGUAUGGCACCAACAACAGCAAAGCAGUCAUCAAAGUAUUUGAUGACCCUGAUGAUGACGUGGAGGUUCCCUGGGUCAUCAUGAUAUCAGCCCUGUCAGUCCUUGCUAUUCUCAUGGUAGUCAUGCCCAUACUCAUCUACAGACACCGCGGCAAGAUACAGGACCUCUUCUUCAAGAACAAGAAGAAAUCAAAUCAAGAAGGCAAGUCACAUGACGUCUUUGUGGCCUACAAAGGCGGUGGAGACGAGGAAGAGUUUGUGAUUCAUUGUCUGGUACCCAAGCUCAAGGAGUGGGGCUGUGAUGUCUGUGUGCAUUAUCAGAACUUCCUACCCGGGAGAGAAAUUGUUGACAACAUCACGGCUGCCGUCGGCAGCUGCCGCAAGACGCUCCUGGUCUUGUCCCCGGACUUCAUGGCCAGCGAGUGGUGCUACUUCGAGUUCUUGUGCGCCGUGGACGAGAUGCUGCGGAACCAGACUAACUUCAUCAUCCCGCUGAUGUUCGGUGACAUCCGCAAUGAGGAGCAGUGCCACAGCAUGCGCAAUCUUCUGGAUACCGUCUCGUUCAUCCCGUGGCCGACCGGAACCAGUCAUCAAGGGCAGACCGAUGAAUUCUGGAAGCUGUUGAAGAGGGCUGUGGAAACGGAGUUCAACGUGAACAAGGAAGAGAGAACAGGCAUGACAGGGGAGUUGGAGGAAGUCAAUAAUAACAUGGCAGAUGAAAGGGAUGACAACGUUUAUCUCAUUUAAAGCUAGACUCCAUCAUUUGCAGCUAUCCAAAAAAUGACUGGCGUAAUUAUUGUUGAAAAUCAUACUUGGUUGAAUGAUAGUAAGGAGACUAAACUCCCUGUGAAAUUAUUCUUUCUGGCAAGCUGU